AUUUGUUGAGCGGCUUUCGCUGUUGAAUGAGUUGUUGGACGCGUUUCGAUCAGCCCCACAGCACAGCCCCAAAACCAGAGACAGGGCCGACGCCGCCGGUUGUUGUCGAUUGAGUCCGAAGCGUAUCUUCGAGUGCGUUCCGUUCGUUCUGUUCCAUCAGAUACAAAAAUUGAAAUUGCAGCUGCCGCUUGGCUUGGGCUGUGGAUUUUGCGCGCGUGUCGUGUGUCCAUAAAAGAUUAAUUUUGUUGAUGAAAAUUGUUUUAGCCCCGUGUGUGGAAGUGUGAAAGUGAAAUAGCUGAAACUCAGGCACUUGAAUUUCAUAUAAUUAUUGUGUAGUGACUGCUUCAAACAGUAAAGUAAACCAUUGGAAACGAAGCCAGAAAUAACUGAAAUAUCGACAAUCCAGUCGAGUGAAAGACGUGGAAGGAAGGCGCGGCUGCAUUCAACAAGAAAAACAACAACCAGGGGAAGGAAGGCUCCCGUCCGUCCUUGAGCUCAUAAAUUAAACACCUGUUUAAGAGGAGAAACACGAUACAGAUACAGAGGAGGAGAGAGAAUGAGAAUUGAAUGUAGAGAAUACAGAAUUGUAUGGUGAAAUAGAGGAAGAUUUGAAGGAAGAUACAAAGAAGGAGAGAGAAAUAACUGAAAUUGGAAAUUGUGAAAUAGAUAGAGAAAAAUAUAUGGAAUUGUUGACUGGAUCUCUAUGCAGAAGUGGAGAUACAUAUAUCGAGAUCAACUUUCUACUAGAAUCGCGUCUUUAAGAAACAACAAAUAUCUGAAUGCUGCGAUAGAGAAACAGUCGUAUAUCGAGAGAGAGAAUUUCGCGUAAGCAAAAGCAAACAGUGAGAGAGAGAGGGGAAAAAUAGAGAGAGAGAGACCAACAAAAACACGACGAGAGAUAUGAAUAAUUUCACAACCACAACUGCCGCCGCACCGCCUCCUGCCACAAAGGAAUCCCUGCCCCGAUCAGGACAUGUUAAUGAGGUGUGCAAGGAGUGGCUCGUGCGUGAGGACGGCGCCCUGGCCUACAAGCUGCAGUCCCAAGAGAUUAAUGACUUCUACAAGGGAAAUCGCUAUAGGAAUGGCAUGGUGCGAGAGGAUUUCCCCACAGCCCUGCACGAACAGAUCAAGGAGAAGGAGCAGGCCCAGCGUCAGGUGGAGGCCUACAGGCGACGACUCACAGAACAAGAGGAGCAUGACAAGCGUGUGGCCAAAGAAAUUGCUGACAAGCUGGAGCGUGAUCUGCAAGAACAGCAGCAAAAGGAGCUACAACAAAGUGAGAUAAUUGCCAAGAAAAUGCAGGAAAUCUAUGUUAAUCUGCCACCUGUGCCACCGCCUGCCACACGCGACAAAAGCCACCGUCCACCGCCGCGUCCAGCCAAAGCAAGUAUACACCUGCAAAAUCAGCAGCCACAUCAUCAGACCAAUGGCCAUCCAGAGCCGUGCACUUCACAGCAGGCUAGAUAUCAGAGUCAGCAGCAGCAGCAGCAACAGCAGCAGCUGCCACAACCAUUGAAGCUGCAACAGCAACAUUUCUCACAGACCGACAACUAUGUAGGAUUAUCGCUUAUACCAAAUAUUGUAGAUAUGCCAGUGGCAGCACCACAAUGCACCACCCCCAGUAGACAUGCACAGGCACAGAAUCAUCAGCUGUUGGUGAGUGAUGCCACCACAUCAUUGCCACAGCAGCAGCAACAGCAGCAACAUCAGUCACGUUUUCAGUAUCCAUCAUCGCCGGCACGUCGACAUGUAUAUGAGCCAUCAUCAUCAUCCAACAUACCCAGCACUACCACUUCAUCCAUAACUCAGCACUCACCCACACACCUCCCUGUAGAGGCGGCUGACGUCGACGAUCUGGUGGACUAUGCCGAUGUUGCCGACAGCAUACGCAACUACAACAUAAUAGCCCCCGAAGAAGAGGCAGCAGCCAUUACACCAGCACCACCCCCACCAAAUGCAGUCGAUGCUGCAGCUGCAACACCUUUACAGCUGAAGCAGCGAUCACCCUCACAUGAGAAUCUCCUAAGAACCGAACCCAAAUUUCAGAAACUGUCGCCAGAGAAAUACGAUCAGCUGGUGGGGAACUUUGGCCUGGGUGCCGGUGCCGGUGCCGGUGCCGGUGCGGGGGCCGUUGCAGGUACCGGUGCAGCCAAGGCAGCCGAGCGACAUAUGCAACAGCAUGCGGAUGAUAUUGAGCUCUAUGUGGAUCCCUGUGACUAUGCGAGCCUGCGGGAGAUCGGUCUGCCCAUGGAGGAGAUUCAGGAGAUGAGCAAGAAGCUCAAGCAGGAACAGAAAGAUGAGUUGCUGGCACGUCGUCUGCAGGCCAUUGAAUCCAAGGAUUGUGUGCGUCAGGAGCAGCGGGAUCGUAUGCUGGCCAUUGAGGCACAGGACAAAGAACUAGCCAAAAUGCUCCAGGAGAGGGAGAAAGCCAAAGCCAAGCGGGCCAAGGAGAAGGCUCGUCUGCGCAAAAAUCAACAAAAGGAAGCUGCCUGCGGAGGUGGUACCACCUCCACCAAUGGCAGUCUCCUAUGCGGCACAAACUCGCAUUGUGGGCCGUUGCUGCCGCUACCCCAAGACUGCCUUUCUAGCACUGCCGACAUCGAUGUAGAGGCCUAUUCUAAUCCUAUAGAUGUCCUCAACAGCAGCCGCGAGCAGCGACAGCCCAAUGGAACCCUGACCAAUGGCAGCCUCACCCGGGAGGGAGGCUCCUCAAAUCACAGUUCCAUGCAGCGACAGCAGCAAAGGAGUCUCGGGGCACCCCCUCGCGGGGAAGACGACAUCUACACACUGCCAGUCGAUAAUUGUAGGCCUGGCCAAAGGCCCGUAUCCCUGCAUAUGGCAGCGGAGACAGUGCAGCAGCUGCAGGCCAAUAAUUCCAUGACGCGAUCCGAACACUAUGGUUCCGAGGCCGGCUCCCAUGACAGUUCCCUGCACAGCGGCCAUCAUGAUAUAUCCCCACACAUCAAAUACUCCAAGUCGGGCAAUUUUGAUCAAAGUGCCAGUCCCACGCCGCCUUACAUGCCAAUUCAGGGUACGCGACGAUCAAAUUCAAGUGAAGAUCGUAAGAAAAAAUCCAAGGACAACAAGUGCACGCAUCAGUGAGCCUUCGGCCUAAGCUCCAAUCCAAUCCAAUCCAAUCAAUCCAAUACAUCUAUAUCGUAUAUCUUUACACCUUUUUGUACUCUCUAGACAAUUAAAUUGUUCAGAUUAAAGUCGA